UCAGCAGCUAUAUCCAUGUUUAAGAUACAUUCACAGGAAACGUGAAUAAAAAAUACCACAAUAUUAUAAGAUAUCACAUUUUAAGUACAAGGAUGCUUCGAAAAGUUAGAAUAACAGAAAACACUGUAAUAAGUGUAAAUAUUUCAAGAAAAUAAAAGACCAACUGGAAACAACUUUCAUUGUAGACCCAAAAAAGAAUCAAUCAUCAACAUCUUGUUUCUGUGUGUUUGAAAGCUAAUCUAGCAGCAAAUCACGCAGUAUGUCUUUCAUUAUAGUCUUUCUUUUGAUUAGUGCUGUUGGAUUUAACCUUAAAGCUGAUAGUCAUGCUCAGAUUUCUACCAAUGAUUCAACCUCCAAAAUUGCUAAAAAUGUGACCGAUAUUCAAACCGACUAUACAAGAACAGAUGCCAACGUUGAAUUAUCCUCCGAUGAUACCACUCGGAACAAUUUUACUGAGGAUAUCAAUAUCCAAAUGGACAAUAUUACAAAAGACGUUAUCAAUGCAACAAUGCACAAUGAUUUCCCGUCAAGGCCUAUUGCAAAUGAUACCAGUAUCCAAGAACACUACACGAAAACAGAUGUCUAUAUUGAGACACUCUUUACUGACAAUACCUUAGAAAUUUCAACAUAUAAAACCAAUAUAGAAAUCAACAACAUAAGUUCAAACCAAAUGAUCAAAGACAGUACAUACGGAAUCUCUGGAGCGGCUAUUGUAAUAUUUAUAGGCAUAAUUUGUCUGAUUACUUGGCUUUUAAGACGUAAAAAAUAUCGUCAGGAAAAUCAUCAUGGCUGGAAGAAGAGUAAAGUUCAUGAAGUUGGACUUCCAAACAAUCCUCUUUAUCAUUGCUUUGACUCAAUAGAAUUUUCUAAUGAAAAGAAAUCAAAAGAUCAAAAAGAUGGUUCCCUGCCUUCUACAAAUAAUGAUGAUGAUGCCAUACAAAGACAGAAGAAAACCCAAUCUAUGAUAUACCAUACAGAAUUGAAGAGCAGAGACGAAGCCAAAGUUGCCAGUUCAUAUUUAUAAAUGAGAUUUUAUGACAGAUAUGCAGGUUGCAAUCCAAAUUUAGUUAUCUGUGGAGUCAACUAAGGACAAAAUCUCUCUUGGAAAUGCUUGGAUACAAAAGUAAUAUGUUCCGGAAAAUGAAAGUGUCACCUCCUACAGCAUUAUUUAAGAUAUAAAUAAAACGUGUGUGGCCAAUUAUAUUUUUGCUUAU